AUGAUUUUUAAUCGAGAUGUCUAUUCGGCGAAUAUGCUCGACAGAAAUCUUGUAAAAAUGGAAGUGGAAGAAAGCAUGGCUGUUCCUACAGCAACAAAAAUAAAAGAUCAAGGCUAUUCGGGAAUGGCUAUUAAAUCCGAGGACAUUCUUGGCAUCAAGAAGGAAAGCGAGGAGUCGUGCGAGUUGAAAGUCAAGACCGAGGCGUUGUCGGACAUCGAGGAAGAAUAUCCAGAACAUUUGGAAAUGAAAUUUGAAAUUGACCAG